UCGGCAGGCAACAGUACACCGUCGUACGCCACACCGAGCACAUUACCCGCCGUCGUCGUCGUCGUCCUUAUCAUACACCACAGUAUAUCUCAUCAGUGUUAUCAUCGUCGUGUCGUCACUACAUUAUUAUUAUUACUACUGUUAUAUCGUCGUUCGUGCGUUAUCAUUCGCAUAUUAUAUUUACUUCCGGAUACCUACGCAUAAAACCAGUGAUAAAAAUGGCUUAUCUUUCAAACAGCUUCGACUUCGAACACUUGCAAAACUCGACCAACUGGGAGGCCGUCCACAAGAAACGGUCUUUCGUCGCCCGAAAAAUGCACAAAAUCAACAAGACUAUCAAACCGAUACUGAGAGCGUUGUGUCGCCGUAACACCGUGACUCCAGCCGCUCAACAAGAUGGUUCGGCACUGGACCCCCGGGGCCUGUCACCCGAAGAAUUGGAAAACUUGCAGAACGAGUACAUCGAACGCAAACUGUCGCAGGCGAUCGUGUACGACGAGGACGACUACUACUCUGACACAAUCAGCGUCGAGUCGGGUCUGGGCAUGUCGUUCGAGGAGCUCAGCCGUCCCGCCGACCGCAGACAGCUCGUGUCCCUGUUGCCCGAGGCCCGAUACUACAUGUCUCGCGAUUUCUGGUUCGAAUCGGACUCGCGCACCGCCGGCCGACCGUCGUUCACCAGACAACAGACGCCCCAGAGGCAGCAGCCAUGCAGGUACUGAGUGCAUUGAAUCGCUCUCGUCCGUAUCGUCCGUCCACCCCCGAAAGUCUUUCACUUUUUGCUCAAAACUAAAUUCUCUCUAUAUAUAUAUAUUACAUAUUACGUGUAUAUAAUAUGUGUGUUUGCGUGUGUAUUUUUAUUUUUAUUUUUAUUUUAUAUUUUUGUGGUAUCUUUAAUACUGGGAUCUCUAAACAGUGUAAACCAUUUUUACCACCUGUAAACGUGUUCGUAUAAUAAUAUAUUAUAUAUCGAUCGCAUUAUUGAUCAUAUCGAUCGGCGAGUAUAUAAUAUUUAUGUAUACAUAUAUAUUAUUAGAUUUUUUUUUUGUUUGUAUGAUAUUAUAUUUUAUCGUCUUGCGAUUCUUUACUUACAUACUGAUUAUCAUUAUAAUAUAAAGAUUUUUUUUAUAUAUACUUAAGAUUUUUAACAAUUAUAUUUUUUAUUUUUUAUUUAAAAAAAAUAUUUGUACAAUAACGUAUUACGAAUUUGUAUGUAUACAAAACGCUGUCGUAUGCAUUAUUAUAUUUGUGAUAAAUAAUUGUUUUUUCAACAGCGAUUCUGUGAUUCAAUUUUAAUAACUACAGCUAUUCACAACGGACUGUAGUUGUUGACUGAUAAUGUUUAUAUUAUAUUAUAUUGUGUUCCUUUGUUACAAAUAAAAUUGAAAAAAAUUC